CUGGGUAAACAGGAAGUGUAUUUUUUAUCGGCGGACACAACAUGGUUUUGCGUUAACAACUACCGACACGAUCAGCACAAAUCUCUGCCAGAUUCAAAGAGGCGUUUUUAAAACACCCCCAAUGGCACGGUUGCUAUGUUAGAGAUUAGCUGCAGACCAAGAACAUGAGCGCUGGGUGGUCUGAUGAUGCAGAUCCCCCAGAUGAUUUGGCAUCAUUUGAGGUCCUCUCAAAACCUGGACCUUCUGACCUGAAAGAGUACCCGCAGCAUGUGGAGGCAGCACAGGACAAAGCCAAGCUCAAACGCAGGCUCAUGUCUGCAUGGAACAAUGUGAAAUAUGGAGGCUGGUCACUGAAGUCAAAGCCCCGCCUCAGUAAGAGCUCCCCUGUGUGUCUGCUGGGCCACAUGCACCAGCUUAGCUCUGAAGGUGACCGUGAGCAGUUUCGGCGGGCGUUCUCCUCACUGCUGUGGCUGACCUAUAGGAAAGGUUUUGCUCCUGUGGGCGGCUCUUCUCUCACCUCAGACAGCGGCUGGGGCUGCAUGCUCCGCACUGCGCAGAUGUUGCUCGCUCAGGGACUGCUCAUACACCUGAUGCCAGAGGGCUGGACAUGGCCGGGUGCCCAUCACCAAACCAAAGACGACCUGGAUGUCAAAGCCCCGCGGCAGUCAGGACAGAGAAGUGACCUGGUCAAACAGUGGAGGAGACGCAGUGAGGGCAGCCCGUUCGACAAUGUUGAGGACACAGAGGACAGCACACACCGGCACCUGGUAACCUGGUUUGGAGACACACCCACUGCUCCUUUCAGCCUGCACAAGCUGGUGGAGCUGGGCAAGACCUCGGGGAAACGGGCCGGAGACUGGUAUGGCCCGUCCAUCGCAGCACACAUACUCCGUAAGGCUGUAGCAGCAUCUGAAGUCCCUAAUCUGGAGGUGUAUGUAGCGCAGGACUGCACUGUUUAUGUAGGAGAUGUUGUGAGAUUGUGUGAGGAAUCUCAGUCUCAGUGUAAUAAGUCUGUUAUUAUACUGGUGCCUGUGAGACUUGGUGGAGAUGCCUUCAAUCCUGCCUAUGUGGAAUGUGUGAAGAAACUUCUUCAGCUGAAAUGCUGCAUUGGAAUCAUUGGAGGAAAGCCAAAGCAUUCUUUGUAUUUUGUUGGAUUCCAAGAUGACAAGCUGCUAUAUCUGGAUCCUCAUUUAUGUCAAGCCACUGUAGAUGUCAACCAAGAUAACUUCCCUUUGGAGUCGUUCCACUGCAAAGCUGCAAGAAAGAUGGCCUUUCACCGCAUGGACCCCAGCUGUACUCUGGGGUUCUACGCUGGAAACAGGAAGGACUUUGACUCUCUCUGCACUGACGUCACCAUGGCUCUGACCUCAUCUGUUGGGACGUACCCCAUCUUCACCUUUGUGGAAGGCAGUGGGCAGGAUGAGCAUGGGGAAGAAGCGUUUACCUCUGAGUCCGUAGUCCACAUCGCGGCCAAAGACAACCAGAAACGGAGCAAUAAGCGCAGCAGCGUGGAUGACUUUGUAAUGCUUUGAACACUGGAGUCAGUAUUGAAGACGUGAACAAAUUCCUAGUUUCUAAUUGGAGAAGCCAGCAAAAGUAAUUUUAAUAUUUUUGGUAGUUUUUUAAGAAGAUCUUGGUUGCCCUUCAGGCUUUUAUAUUUAAUAUAAGAUUUUCGUGUCUUUUCUAUAAGCUUUAGGACUUUCUUUAAAGCCGAAGGUGUUGGCAACUGGACGAAUGUUCAGAUAGCAGUGUCAAUAACGCACACGUAGAUGAAGAAUGGCCAGUGAGUGAAUUUUGUUGACCUGUUGCAGUUCUGGUCCGAUGUUCAGGAGCAUGGGGAGCACACUACAGAACCUUAAAGCUAAAAAUACUGAACAUGGAGAACAUGUCAACUAACAUAAUUACUGUGUGUGUGUUAGCUGGCUCUAGUGAACAUUUUCUAAAUGCUGUUUUAAAAACACUACUUACUGUAAUGACCUGUUAGCUGUACUGUGUCGAUCAGUCCAUAUCGCUCUGUUCACUCAAGAUAUUAUUGUUAGAUCCCACACUGCCAGUGUUUUUUAAAGUAAAGGCUCAGUUAAUUUCCCACUUACACCAGAUGUAGUGAUCUGCCAAGACAUGUUUGAUGUCCAGAUUUUGCUCCUUUAGUUUAGUGCUGGAGCUACAAAGCCAGUAUUGCUAAGAAACACUAGAAGUCAAUAGUGACCCAAAUCUUUUCUGUAAGUACAUGCCCAAAACCUCUUUUAAUGUGCUCACACUGCAUCCACGUCUUCAUUAAGGUUGUGCGGACUUUUCAGUGUGGUUUAGGACACACUGUGACUUACUGUGAACUAUGAAAAUGAUAAAAAUAUAUUUAAAAAAAACAUAUAUAUUUAAAAAACACAGAGUAGCUGAACAUUGCCGGGAGCCAUUUUGUACAAAAAUGGCUUUGCAUGCCUGUCAUGCCGACAUAUGGACGCUACAGAUUUCAUUCACAUUUUCCGUUCUUUCUUUUUAUAACUGUUCAUCUUGAACUAAAGAUAUGUUUAAAAAUAGAAUCUGAAAUCAUGAAUGUAACUUAACAUUCAUAUGCCUGCAUAAGAUGCGCAAGUGAUCAUUUUUAUAGUUCAUUUUGUUAGUUAUACUGUAUACAUUGACAAAUCUGCACAACCUUAAAGAAGACCUGGAUGUGGUUUAAGUGGGUUUAGAGAAGUUUUGUGGCUGUAUUCACGGAAAAGAUUUAUUAAUCUAUUAAUCUAUUAAUUUCUAGCGUUUGUUAGCCACCCUAGAGUUUUAGCUCCAGCGCUAAACUAAAGUCUUAAACAUGUCUUGGGUGAGUGAAAGUGGAGGUAAGUGGAAAUUAGAUUUUUUUUUUUGCUGAACCAUUUCUCACUGCUCCUUCGAAUGCCAAGCUCUGUGUUUCCCAUCCAGUUCAGGUCAUUGGCUUCUUAAGCCUCUGGGCACAAACACUUUUAGAGUCGCUGAGGUUUAAGUCUUUAUCCUCUCCCCGGAGUCUUAAUUGUGUUUGUCCUCUCAUCUUAACAUGCAGCAACGGCGAGCUGUGACCUCUAGUGUUGGCCACAAUAGCUAUUUAUCUCAAACCAGCAUUUGUUCUGCUUCAGUUCAGACAGUUGAUAAUAAUGAUGCGGCCAAAAUUCCCCAAAAGCACGUAAAUGUUAAGAUUAAAUGCCUUUCAUUUGACCUAUCCAAGCUCCGCCCACAAAUUUGUUCUUUCUUAGCUACUGUGGCGAGGUUGGCAAGCUUUACAGUAUUAUGCCAAAAAAUUCCCAUACAGCCUAUUUGAAAUUAUAAUGUUCUUAGAGUUGCUGUAUAACAUUGAAGCUCCAGUUUAAAAUGCUGUGUCACUGAGCUGGAUUAUGUUGUUCUUGCUAACUGAAACUAGGUAGGUUGGAAACAACAACAUUGAAUUUUCCACGAAUGUUAGCUCAGUAACACACACACACACACACAUACACACACAAAACAUUAUCUGCAUACGAAAUAAGUGUAAUUUUAAAUUAACAUAUAAAUGUAGGUAUUUUGACAGUUGUUCACUGCAGUUUUAUAUUAGGUUCAAAGGGAUUUUGCCAGCAUUCUGUAAAGCUUGUCAAGCCUUUCACCAUUUGCUGUGAAACAGUGCAUAUGUGGUUGGAUUUGAAGCACUGAUAUGAUAAUUUAUUGGCCAGUGCAGAUAGUCGAUAUUCUUCAUAUAUAUGUCUGCCAAUGCAGAUACUACUACCGAUACAUAAACAUUUUGAUAAAGCGUAAAAAUUCAAAAAUAGAUCCACCUGAAUUUGCAUUACAGAAAAAUAUAACCUUUAUUUGUGGAGUCCUACCAAUGCACUAAACAGAGUAAAGUGCGGUUAUUUAGCGUAAUAACCCAGAUUACCAAAAAGAUUUAUUUAUAUCAUUUUGAAACAUCGGUCAAAUCUAAAAAUCUGUCCAGAUAUUUUUAAAACAAAUAUCUGCCGAUACUGAUAUGAUUCUGAUAUCACUGUGCAUCCCUAUUUACAAAUGCAGAAAAAUUAAUAAAAUGCAGCAUUGCCUAAAUGUUCUGCCCUUCAAAUAUCAUGUCAUCAGAUAACAGUUUCAAAUGUCAGAUCUAAACAUCUGUCUAAUGCCAAUACUGUGAUUCUGAUAUCAUUGUGCAUCCCUGUAUUUAAAGCAGUAAUUGGUCAUGUGGCAGUGCAGGUCUUAUGGUUCUUACAUGUUUCAGUGCAGUUCUUAUAAGUGCCUAAUGUAAAAUCAGGGCCUGUUUCUUUUAUAAAACGGGGUUCUCUAACUCUAGUCUUGAAUGGUCACAGCAUUUUAGUCUUUUUCAUGGUUGUUAUAGGUCUGAUUCUACUCAUCAGCUAAUGCAGUUGAAUCCAGUGUCGUACAGCAGAACCAACACUAAGCCGUGCAGUUUGGAUUUCAGACAUCCUGAUAUAAAGACAAUAAGCCAGUUUUGCACUGUGUCUGAAAGAUAAGGUCUGCUUUAACGUGUCCUCUGAGAACUGGUGUCUAAGCUGAUUUAUGCUUGAUGUCUAAAUCAAAGCUGAUGGAAAUACUGGAUGUUCAGCUUCUGCACUUGUAAAGACGUUAUUUAUUUCUUACUGGGAGGCUGUGUGUGAGUGUGCAUGUUUGAGUGUCACUUUGUUGGUUUUAUGCUAGUCUGUCUUCUUGCUAGCAAUUUUAAUGAAGGUUUUGGUCCAUUGCAAGAUCCGGUAUAAUGUCAAGGCUGUGUUUCUCUCACUGUAUGUACUUUAUUCUGUAAAUAACUUAAAAUUAAGCAUUUUAAAAUUAAAAUAUACAA